AUGGCGACGGCGAGGCUGCGAUCCGCGUCGGCGUCCUCCCUCCGCGGGAUCCUCCUCCGCCACUGCUCCGCGCCCCCGCGCGCCGUCUCAGGUUCCCCCCCACCCACCGCCUCCUCCCCCCGUGAUUUUCAGGUUCCUGGAUCUGCAACAUGGAGGCAUUUCUCAACAUGCAGGCCUAACCCUCUUGCAAAAGGGAACAGCUUUGGCUCAAUGGCUUCUCUGUACAGCCAGACAAGAUGGGCUUCUCAAGCCACUGCUGUGAAAGAAACUGACCCCAGUGGCGGCAAGAUAAGCAUUGGGCCCAAAUCCAAGCAGAUCAAGGAGGAGGACAAAGAUGAUGGACUGGUUUAUCAGGGACCGAUAUCAUCAACCAUCAAGAAAGUGAAGCUUCUGUCCCUGUCCACCUGCUGCCUCUCUGUGUCGCUAGGCCCUGUCAUAACGUUCAUGACUUCGCCCGACAUGAAUGUGAUCCUCAAGGGAGGAGUCGCAUCCACCGUGAUCUUCCUCAGUGCCACAACAACCGCAGCCCUGCACUGGUUCGUGAGCCCCUACAUCCACAAGCUGAGAUGGAGGCAGGGUUCAGAUAGCUUCGAGGCGGAGAUAAUGUCAUGGCUGGCUACACCCCUGAAGAAGACGAUCAAGUUUGCUGACAUCAGGCCCGCAGAGACUAACCGGCCUUUCGUCACCUUCAGGGCCGACGGGAACUUCUACUUCGUCGACGCCGACCACUUCCCCAACAAGGCCUUGCUGGAGAGGCUCACGCCUAAGCUCCCCAACGAGUCCGCGUUCAAGAACUUGUGA